CGGAUCGGAGAUGCUGGUGGCCGGAGCUCGGUUCGGAGCCCGGCUCCGUCUGCAGCCUGAGGCCGUGAGACGGUUACAUCGCAACUACAGUCAGGACCAGGGCACGGAAUCGCUAAAGAAGACGGCACUAUAUGAAUUCCAUCGGAAUAAUGGAGCUCGGAUGGUGGAAUUUGCGGGGUGGAGUAUGCCUGUGCAGUACAAGGAAAGUCACAUCAGCUCACACUUGCACACUCGCCAGCACUGCUCAUUAUUUGAUGUAUCCCAUAUGUUGCAGAGCAAGGUGAUGGGGAAGGAUCGAGUGAAAUUCAUGGAGAGUUUGAUCGUUGGGGACAUUGCUGAGCUGAAAGAUAACCAGGGUACGCUGUCACUCUUCACCAAUGAAAAGGGAGGGAUAAAGGACGAUCUGAUAGUGACUCGGACUUCAGAUGGAUAUCUGUACAUUGUAUCGAAUGCUGGCUGUGCUGACAAAGACUCUGCCCACAUGAAGGAGAGACUGGCUGAGUUCAGAGCUGCUGGUAAUGAUGCUGACCUGGAGUUUUUGGAGGCGGGAUUGAUAGCGCUGCAAGGUCCAUCUGCAGCGCAAGUACUCCAGGAGGGUGUGUCUGAUGACCUUCAGAAGCUGCCGUUCAUGUGGAGUGCCUUGAUGACUGUAUUUGGGGUACCAGGCUGCAGAGUGACUCGUUGUGGCUACACUGGAGAAGAUGGAGUGGAGAUCUCGGUCCCUAUUGAGCGCACAGUGGAACUAGCAGAAUCGCUGUUGAAGAACAGUGAGGUGAAACUCGCUGGACUUGGAGCGAGGGAUAGUUUACGCCUGGAGGCUGGACUUUGCCUUUAUGGAAAUGACAUUGAUGAGACCACCACUCCAGUGGAAGCGACACUUUUAUGGACCAUAGGAAAGCGGCGGAGAGCUGCAGCAGACUUCCCUGGAGCUGGGAUCAUCCUGAGACAGAUCAAAGAGAAAACUAAACGGAAACGAGUGGGCCUGAUGUCGGCUGGGCCCCCAGUCAGGCAGCAUACGCCAAUUUUGAACCUUGAUGGAAAAGUCAUUGGGGAGGUGACCAGCGGAUGCCCCUCUCCUUGUCUGAAACAGAACAUUGCCAUGGGAUAUGUGGAUACGGAGUACAGCAAGCCAGGCACUCAAAUAAAGGUGGAGGUUCGGAAGAAGAUUGUGGAUGCCACUGUCUCCAAGAUGCCUUUUGUACCAUCUAAAUACUACACUGUGAAGUGACUGUCUCAUUUUCAGAUUGAGUGAAAUGAACGCUUUGAAGACGAUGACCAGAUUUGAUUAGGACUUUUAUAUUUUUAUGAUUAUUUUGUAUCUGCCUUUGGUUCACAAAGGUUAGCUGUUGACUUGUUCUGAUCCCCUGUCCUGCUGUGAUAGAAUGUUGUGUGCGUUUUCAGGGGGAUGGAUGAAAUUGCAUUUAAUGAAGAACAUGGGGAGGUCAUUGUUCAUUGCUGUCUGGAUUUGGGCCUUGCUCCAUUCAGCUUAUCAGCAAUCAUUUCUGUUCACGAAUCCAUACUGCAACCUGACAGCAAGGCCAACAGACAGUCAACAAACACCACUGUUAGCUGAGUAGAUCAACAUCCUUCCUAUUGUAAUGGCAGAGAUCUGCCAGGUGCAAGUUACUCCAGCAGUUCAGCUGCAGUGUCCUGAGUAGCUGUUGGCUUAUUGGAUUUUUUUUUUACUUUCCAAGGAGAGUAAAGCAUAGAGUUGAGAGUGUACGAAGGCCUCAUGUUGUGGGUAGGAUUCUUCAUCCAGGCCUUCAAUUUGUGGAGCCAUGUGGGGAGUGGUUUUUGUUUUACAUCCACUGCCUCUUUGACCAUGGGCGGCACGGUGGCUCAGUGGUUAGCACUGCUGCCUCACAGCGCCAGGGACCCAGGUUCAAUUCCACCCUGUUUGUGUGGAGUUUGCACAUUGUCCCCAUGUCUGUGUGGGUUUCCUCCAGGUACUCCUGUUUCUUCCCACAGUUCAAAGGUCAGGUGAAUUGGCCAUACUAAUUUUCUCAUGGUGUCCAGGGAAACGCUAGGUGGAUUAGCCACGGGAAAUGCAGGUUUACAAGGAUUCUCUUCAGAGGGUCAGUGUGGACUCGAUGGUCUUCUUCCACAAUAUAGGGAUUCUAUGCUGCCCGGUGGGUUGUGACCUCAGCAUUUUGCACACUUGGCUGUUCGUCGUACAAGCUGAGAUGGUGAAAAUUCGAGGGGCAUUUGAGUAGAAACAGCACCGCAAUGCCACACUUCUCUUCAGCAGGCAUUAGUAAGUAGCAGAAUAGCAGUCCAAUCUUUUGCCAGUUGGACUGCUAUUCUGCAGUCUAUCUGUCACUAUCAGUCACUAUCUAUCUGUCCCUCCUCACUCACUUCUAAGACCUAUCUUAAUAGCCCACCAAUAGCCCACAAACCAAGAAUCUACGGGGCACAAUGGAAACUGGUUGUACGACAAACGGAGUCAUUGCAGAAGACCAUCAGGCUGUAACCUCUGCUGGGACCUUGCCACACCCUGCAGCAGCUGCUUUCAGGAGGAUUUGAGAAUGACAGGUGACUUCCUGUUUGCAUCCAAUAACCAACAGUCUCAAGGAAAAUUUCUAAUCCAUCUGUUAAGAGAUGUUAUUACACACCUCUGGAGCAGGUGUGACAUGCACCUGGACCUCCUAGUCCAUAGAUAGGAACACUCGCACUGCACCGUAAGAGCCCCUACCAACAAUCUCAACAUAAGAAGAAGUCACUGUCACUAUCAGUAUCUGUGGGAACAGGGAUGAUUAUUUCUGAACACUAACCUUUGUGGACAAAGCUUAGAUACUGCAGCUGCAGAUGAAUGUGAGUGCUUACUAAUGAAACUAAUGAUAAUUUAAUCACAAAUAAAGGUGUUAAUGAGACUACCAACAUUGCUGAAAGUUUGCUGCAGUAACAGAAUAAUGAGCCAUUUUCUAAUUGGGUGGUAUUGAAAUGUAUAUGUGAAGGUGAUGGUCAAUUUCAUACCUACAGCUAAUAUAAUGAAUAGUGCCUUGUGUUUACAAACUGUAAUUGGGGCUGGCCUGAUCUCAGAGAAAUCAAGGCCUCCCUGAGUAAAUGUUGCUUUUCUUUAUGUUUAAAGAAAUACAGCUGCAAAAUCGCAAAAUAUAGUAGUAUUGAAUGAAGAAUGACUGUGUUAAACUCGUCUGAAAAAGGUACCCUCAGUGUUUGACUAACAAGCCUUAUCUCCUUCACUACCUCAGCCUUUCCCAGAACCUCCAAACUCCUCACUUCCUUUGGUGAACUAAGUUCCAAACACCCCACCUUCCUCAGGCUCCUUCCCUCCAUGUUUCCCUUUCCCCUUGAGCAACUGUCCUCCUAAAUCCUCACAUUUUUUUUCCAAAUUCCUUGCUUCUCUGCCGCCUUCCCUCCAGACCCCUUGCUCUCCUCAAUCUCAUUCCCUCAAGUUUCCCAGUUCCCUUCCCUCCCAACUUCUCACUUCCUUUGGAAACCUUCUCUCCAAACUACUUGCUAUCCUUGACCUCUCUUCCUCUUGUAAUCUGGACCCUUUAAAACUUAAUCUCCACAUCACUUGGAUACAUAUUCCUGAAUUGUCUCCUCUCCAUGCUCCUUUCCAGCCAAGAUGAUGUCAUGAAUUUCAGGCAUACGAUUCUCUCAUUUUAAAAAAAUUGCACUUUGCAACACUAUAUUUGAUGGAUGCUAUUUGAUAACUUUUAUUGGGAUUGAGUCAAGCAU